AUGCAGAUCUUCACCGACCUUUAUCAAGGGAUUCGACGCCCCCGUGGUCACCCCAGGCCCAAGCUCGACCAGCCAGACUCCCCCGAACGGUCUAUGCCCGCGACGUCUGCGAAGCUCCUUGGCGAACUUGAAAACCCCAAAGAUACCCCACCUCUCCAGAAAAUGACUGCUCAUCUCGAAGCAGACCAAAGAAGAGAUCGUCCUGCCAGUGACUCAGGUCCCGUCACCGACGACUCUUGCAUUUGGAGUGAGUGUAUUGAUUCAGGAAGCAAUCAUCGUCUCAAAGACAUGGUUUCUGUUGCCAAGGACCUAGGCUAUUGGGGUGAGUGGACCGAUGCAAAUCUACCCACCACUGAAGCGGAAGGAACUACUCACCCCGAAGCAGAUCCACGAAGCGACCAACCUGCUAAAGACACGGCUGCCCCUCAAAAGAAUACAAAUCCCGCCGCCAACGAGCCUAGCUACUGGAGUGAAUGGACCAAUUUAACCAUGUCCAUCAUUGAAACGGACGCAACUGCUCAUGCCGAUCCAGGUAAUGAUCAUCCUGCCAACGAACCGAUUCAAGCUCCCACUGACACUGGCGACUACAUUGUGCACCCCGUUCUUGAUUCCCCCCGUGAUCGAUUCCCAAAUUAUCUGGCAUCUCCACCGCAAAACCUUCGAGAUGGCUCGCCCUUUUCGUUCCCAGAGGUUUGCCAUGAGGCUCGCUUCGAUGAAUCGCUGUCGCCUGCGGAUUAUCCAUGGGAACUCACUAACGAAAGAAUGCGAAAUAACCUACUCAAACGUUACGUCGAGGCAUUGAACACUAAGGGGAAGAGUCUUUUGGACAAGAACAAAGCGCUGGAGAAGCAUAACGCCGAUCUCAGAAAGAAAAUUCGUGAGAUCACGGGAGAGGAAGUCAGCCCAGUCGCCAUGCCCCCACCUAAUGACUCCUCUAGCCAGCUCCGUCCUGAUGGCGAAUACAUUUCCGCCCAAAGUCAAUUCGAAAGACCGGGAGAGGCUGGAUACACGGCCUCGUUGAAUAGGACCGAGAAAGAACGAGAUGAGAAAUAUGCAUGGCUUGAGAAUCUCUUGCAGGGCAUCGAGAGCGGAAAUGAACUUCCUGGGUUCCCGGACAAGUGGUCUAAAAACUUCCGAAGAAAGCUCGCAAAAGGCAACUUGCCUUAA